CUGAACGUUCACUCGCUCUCUCUUUGAAUCAAAACCCAUUUCAAAUUCCUUUUCGAAUCACUCCUGAUCGAUGGCAGCCAUCUCCAUCUCUAAACCUUGCAAGCUAAAACCUAGGGUUUAUUUUUGUUUCAACACACCCAAAAUCGAAAGCUCAUAUUCUCGCCAUUUUCCUCGCUUCUUUUGCUCAACCGAUGGCCAAACCCCAGAAAAUACGCCUCCAAACCCGGAGCCAGUUCAACCACAAGAAGAAGUGAAAGUGGAGCAGACCCAAUUUCAGAGAAUCCCAAGAGGUAGGCAACGAAACCCUGAAAAAAUAGAGGAUAUAAUUUGUAGAAUGAUGGCGAAUCGGGCCUGGACGACCCGGUUGCAGAACUCGAUCCGGGCUUUAGUUCCCGAAUUCGAUCACAAUCUUGUUUAUAAUGUUAUUCAUGGUGCCAAGAACGCGGAGCAUGCGCUCCAGUUCUUCAGGUGGGUUGAGCGGGCCGGGUUGUUUAACCAUGACCGUGAAACCCAUUUGAAAAUUAUUACAAUUUUAGGGCGAGCUUCGAAGUUGAAUCAUGCUAGGUGUAUAUUGUUAGAUAUGCCCAAAAAAGGCGUGGAAUGGGACGAAGAUAUGUUUGUAAAGUUAAUUGAUAGUUAUGGUAAAAAGGGAAUUGUUCAAGAGUCUGUUAAAAUUUUUGACAAAAUGAAGGAACUGGGUGUGGAGAGGACUAUAAAAUCCUAUGAUACUUUGUUUAAAGUAAUCUUGAGACGUGGCCGAUAUAUGAUGGCGAAAAGGUAUUUCAAUAAGAUGCUGGGUGAGGGAAUAGAGCCAACAAGGCAUACUUAUAAUAUUAUGCUGUGGGGGUUCUUUUUGAGUUUGAGACUUGAGACUGCAAUAAGGUUUUAUGAGGAUAUGAGGAGUAGAGGGAUUUCUCCAGAUGUGGUUACUUACAAUACAAUGAUUAAUGGGUAUAAUCGGUUUAAGAAGAUGGACGAGGCUGAACAGUUGUUUGUAGAGAUGAAAGGGAAAAAUAUUAUGCCUACAGUUAUUAGUUAUACUACUAUGAUAAAGGGGUAUGUUGCAGUUGAGCGAGCUGAUGAUGCAUUGAGGUUGUUUGAGGAAAUGAAAUCAUUUAAUAUUAAGCCAAAUUCUGUGACAUAUACAGUUUUGCUGCCAGGGUUGUGUGACACAGGGAAAUUGGCUGAAGCACAGAACAUUUUGAAGGAGAUGGUGGACAGAUAUAUUGCUCCAAAGGAUAACUCAAUAUUUUUUAAGCUGUUGACUAGUCAGUGUGCAUCUGGGGACUUGGAUGCGGCAGCAAAUGUGCUGAAGGCAAUGAUUCGUUUGAGCAUUCCAACAGAAGCUGGACAUUAUGGUGUCUUAAUUGAGAACUUCUGCAAGGCUGAGAUGUUUGAUCAGGCAGUUAAGUUGUUGGAUAAGCUAGUUGAGAAGGAUAUCAUCUUGAGGCCCCAAAAUUCUGUGCAUGUGGAGGCCAGUGCUUAUAAUCCAAUGAUUCAGCAUUUGUGCCUCAGUGGACAGACAGGAAAAGCUGAAAUUUUUUUCAGGCAGUUGAUGAAAACAGGUGUCUUGGAUCCCAUUGCCUUUAAUAAUUUGAUAUGUGGGCAUUCCAAAGAAGGGAAUCCGGAUUCUGCUUUUGAGAUUAUUAAGAUCAUGCAAAGGAGAGAGGUGCCCAGAAAUGCUGAUGCUUACAAGUUGCUCAUUGAGAGCUACCUGAGGAAAGGUGAGCCAGCUGAUGCCAAAACUGUUUUGGAUAGUAUGAUUGAAGAUGGGCAUCUUCCAGCUUCAUCACUAUUCAGGUCUGUCAUGGAAAAUCUGUUUGAAGACGGGAGGGUUCAAACUACAAGCCGGGUCAUGAAGAGCAUGGUAGAGAAGGGUGUGAAGGAGAACAUGGAUUUGGUUGCCAAGGUCUUGGAAGCUCUUCUCAUGAGAGGUCAUGUUGAGGAAGCCCUUGGACGCAUUGAUCUGCUGAUGCACAGUGGAUGUGCACCCAAAUUUGACAGUCUUCUGUCCGUUCUGUCUGAGAAAGGGAAGACCAUUGCUGCUUUGAAGUUGUUGGAUUAUUGUUUGGAGAGGGAUUGCAUUGUAGAUUUUUCAAGCUACGAGAAGGUGUUGGAUGCUCUCUUAGCAGCAGGGAAGACUCUCAAUGCAUAUUCAUUAUUAUGUAAAAUACUGGCGAAAGGAGGGCCCACCGAUUGGAAGAGCUGUGAGGAUCUGAUUGCUAGCCUUAAUCAGGAGGGGAACACAAAGCAAGCAGAUAUACUCUCCAGAAUGAUAAGGGGAGGGGAGACUGCCCGUGGGAGCAAGGGGAAGAAACAAUCAGCUGUUCCCAGCUAGUUUUACCUUUUUGUCUUCCUUUCCUAAUUUUAGUAUAGUUUUAAAGUCAGAGAACUUUUCCUGAAAUUUUUUAUUUGAGAAUGAUUUGGAGAGCUCUCCAAUUUGAUCAGAAUAACUGCCGGAAAAUACAAUUUCUUUUGUUCUGUACUUUGUUCGGAAUUUCAAAGGCGUAACACCAUAAUUACUUUCC